ACAGUUCAACAGUUACUUAAUGAAAAAUUCACGUUUCUUAUCAGAACAUAUUAGGAUUCAAAUCCAUAUAAAGAACACAAGAACACUCAUAUAGGCACAAGAUGAAGAACCACUUCAAUGUUAGUGCCCUCACCAGCCUGAGCGUUCCUGUGACUCUGGGAAAUGCUUGUGGAAUUGAUUUCAGUCAAGAUGGCAUCUUCCUUCCCGUCCUGUAUGGAAUCUUCUUCAUCAUCGGCACCCCUUUAAAUCUGCUGGCACUCUUUGGGCUCUACAAACUCAUCCAGUCGGAGAACGUUCUUCCAGUUUACGUCAUCAACCUUCUGAUCGCAGACCUGAUUCAACUUCUGACUUUGCCUUUAUGGAUAGAUUACUAUGCCAAUGGACACAUUUGGCGCUUCGGACCCCAGAGCUGUCAGUUCAUGGGUUUGUUUUUUUACAUUAGCAUUUAUUCAGGCAUCUUCUUCAUGUGUAUCAUUGCUCUAGAACGUCACCUGGCCAUCGCUAGACCUCUCAGUUUCAAGUAUCUCCGUAACUUGAAGUUUGCUCGCUGGAUAGCACUCAGCAUUUGGAUUCUAAUUGCGGUGCCACCUGCCAUUGCGUUAAACAAACUCUUUCCCAAGCAGGAAAAUUACACUCUUUGUAUCGAGAAGUAUCCCUCAGAGGGCAGUUUUAUCACCUACAGGCUAAUUACUCUGCUUUUGUCCUUCAUCAUUCCCCUGAGCUUCAUUGUUGGUCUCCAUAGAGAGACUGUCCGCUCGCUGAUGGCAAUCAACUCGCUUUUAUCCGAGGAGAAGAGAAGUAUCAGGGGUCUGCUCACUCUUCUGGUGGCCGUAUUUGUCACGGUGCUGGGACCCUAUCAUUUCAUCGGCUGUUUGAAGUACGUCGGACUGCUGAUACACAACAGUCCGUGUGUUUGGGAAAAGGCUAUGUUUAUGCCCUAUCAGUUAGGACGAGGCCUUCUGAGCCUUAACAGUUUGCUGGAUCCUGUGUUUUACAUCUUUCUCCGCAGAGACUUUCGUGCUACCGCUGGGAAGUACUUGCCUUGCCUGAGGAGAGUGAGGAACAGAUCGUAUCGAACAGAGAAAGUGACAAGCUCUACUCUAGACUGUUCUUAAAGAUUUCCUCCUGGUUAUGUAUUUGAAAUACACUUUGGACAAAGAACUAAGAAACUAUGCCAAACUCAUACAAAAG